UAUCGGCUUAAACGACGUUUCAGUUCGUGCUCUCUCGUUUGUGUUGUGAAAAACUGGUGCAAAAUAUCAAAUCCGAUAUUAACACAAUAAUGGAGGCGUGUAAUGCCGUUGAGCGCGAGGUAGAUAAAGUUCUAUCAAAAUUUGGUGCUAUAAACGAACACGCUGACACGGUGUUACGCGACCUGAUAAAUCACAUUUACUCUCUGAAAAGAGAUUUGGAUGAAGCACCACCUAAUCAAGAACCGACAGCUGGACAAGUGCAAUUAUUAAAACAAGCAAUGACGAGAGUACGUGAUACUGUACAAAGACUGGCAACGGAUCACCGUGAUUUACACAGCACGGUGUCAAAAGUGGGUAAGGCAAUAGACAGAAAUUUUAUUGCCGACUUUGCAAAUACCAGUAGAGAAGAUGUGUUCUCUGGACCAGAAAAGUCUCAUCUCUUGAAUCAAGUAAUCUGUCAGCAUUUCUAUCGCCAAGGGAUGUUGGACAUUGCGGAUGAAUUAGCGGCGGAAGCUGGUAUUAAAACCGACGAAGGCAGAAAGGAACCGUUUACUGAACUAAACUAUAUACUAGAUUGCUUAAAACAGAGGAAUCUUGAACCAGCAUUAGAGUGGGCUAAAAAACAUAGGGAAGCACUUUUAGCACAGAAUUCUUCCCUUGAGUUUAAGUUACACAGAUUACAUUUUAUAAGAUUAGUUCAGCAAGGGCCUUCUAAGCAAAGAGAGGCUAUACUGUAUGCUCGUCAAAAUCUCACGCAAUUUGUUGGACGUUACGAGAAGGAAGUACAGUCUCUAAUGGGAACGUUACUUUAUCUGCCACACGGAAUUCAAUCGUCUCCCUAUAGUCAUUUGUUAGAUCCAACUUUAUGGCUCGAGAUACACGACGUUUUCACCAAGGAAGCAUGCACGUUGUUAGGCUUGAGCGUCGACAGUCCGCUCUCCGUGUGUAUCAACGCAGGAUGCACCGCAUUGCCUGCACUGUUGAACAUUAAACAAGUCAUGCAACAAAGACAAGUCACCGGCAUUUGGAGUGGUAAAGAUGAAUUACCUAUCGAGAUAGACUUGGGAAAGCAAAGUCGUUACCAUUCAGUUUUUGCCUGCCCAAUUCUCAGGCAACAAAGCACAGAAAAUAAUCCGCCAAUGAAAUUGGUAUGCGGCCACGUUAUAUCUCGGGACGCAUUGAACAAACUCACCAGUGCGAAUAAAAAUCAAUUUAUUUCUAGGUUGAAAUGUCCAUAUUGUCCGGUGGAGCAGAAUCCCGAAGACGCGCGACUUAUUUACUUUUAAGCUGUGCUAUACACACACACACACACACACUCUCUCUCUCUCUCUCUCUCUCUCUCUCUCUCUCUCUCUCUCUAUACAUAUAUAUACAGAAUGUCUUACACAGUUCGAGUAUGGGAACAUCGUAACAGAGAGAUUCACAAAACCCAGAGUAAAGAAAACGCAUAUAAAUUCUCAUGUAUAUGUUCUCGCCUAUAAUCUUAUAAAAGAUUUCAAAAUUGUUUAAACUUUGAUAAACAUUUCUUUAAUCGAACAAAGAGUCAAAUUUUCAGACUCAAAAGGAUUGGAUUGUACAGUCUCAAAAAUUAUCGGGAUAUGUAAUUGUAUUGUAAUGCGUAUUUUCAUUAUUUAGUUUUUUACAAGCGUUUCUGUUACAGCAUUUUCAUACGAAUUUUGAGAACACGCUAUAUAGUAAUACAUACUUAUGUGUAUAGAAGAACUAUACACAGACAUGCGUGUAAAUUGAAUUACAUCGGAUAGGGAAGAACAAUACACAUCACUAUAUGUGUGUACAUACACACGCACACGCAAUAAUCAUAAACUCUAUAUUGUAAAUUCGUCAUCAAUAGUUUUAUUGUUUUAAAAGAUUCCCGUUUUUUUUUAUUGAUAAUGUUGAGAUUAAUUUCAUGUUUUUUUAUAAGACGCUGGUAAAACCAUUACUAUUACUAGUUUCAGUCUUUAGAGAAAUUAAUCGUCAGAUACUAAUGGAACGGAGAAAAAGGAGGUAUUGUGAUAGCUUUAAUAUUUGUGAAGUAGUUGUAAUUGCUAUUGUACUGUUAAUAGACAAUUUAUAUAUAUAUAUAUAUAUAAUACUAUCCUAGGUUUAUAAGUGACUUUGACUUAAUAUGCGAGUGAUAACUUAAAAGCCAUGAAUGUGUAUGCGUAAGAUGCCUAACAAAUUUGUUACAAGAUCUACAUUUGUUCGUUUUCCAUUUUGAUCGUAUGUACUGGCUUGGCUAUAGUUAAAUGAAAAGAUCAUUUCUGAUAAA